CGUCAAGGAGAAGAUGGCCGCGAGUCCGUUUGAUGAUGGCGUCAAUGUCGACUUCGAAGAUCCCACGCCUCCAGAGGAGAAGAUAGAGCUGGAAAAAUCGUGGUGUUUUUGGCACGAUAAGUACAAAGGGGUCGAACAGACAGCAGAGGAAUUCAGACACUCUCAAAAGAGGUUUUUCAGUUUUUCAACUGUACAAAAGUUUUGGCAUUGUUUCAACGCGCUGCCGGCGACGACCUCGUUGCCGUUCAAGUCGAGCUACCACCUGAUGAGGAAGGGCGUGCGCCCGGUGUGGGAGGACCCGGAGAACGAGAACGGCGGGUUCUGGGUGCUGAGGUUCGACCGGGAGACGGCGGACGCGGUGUGGAAAGAGCUGUGCGUGGCGCUGAUCGGAGAGCACUUCGACGGGGUGCUGAAGAGCGGAGACAUGGUCAACGGGGUGACGGUCAGCGUCAGAAGAGAGGACGCGGUGAUUCAAAUAUGGAACAAAAUAGCAAUAGGCGAAGCCGAAAACAAGGUGUUGUUCAAUCACGUCAAGAACAAAAUACUGAAGGAUUACGAAAUCAUAAAAUACUUUUAUAAGGCUUGUAAGCAACACAGUUCAUAUGACGGACAACUAAGAGAGAAGCUGACGGUGGAAGUCAUAUGA